AUGUCGCUCAGAAACAUCGUCGCCUGCCUAGCCGCGGCUCUAGCCGUCGCCGCAGACUCGUCGCACCCGAUGCAUUAUAAAAAGGUAGAUGCAGAAACUGCCAAAAGCGUUGCUGCCGUUAGAAACCAUGCGUCGGGACGCGAUGGAGCGCUUGUGAAUGAGCAGGGAUUCUGGUUCUCCCACUUCACCGUUGGCGCCAGCGAAAACCUCGAACUCCUGAUUGACACUGGCUCGUCCGAUGCCAUGCUGAACCCUGGUGUCUACAAGCCCAGCUCUACCUCUGAGGACCUAAAACGUCGAUUCAGCAUUUCAUAUGCGACGACGAACCCCGAUGGCACGGGAACCCUAUCCGCCUUCGGUCAAGUUUAUCGCGACGUCAUCACCCAGCUCGGUGCCAACCUUGUCGUCCCGCAGCAAGCCAUUGGUGCCAUAGACGACCCCAAAACGCCAGCCACGUUUCCCCGUGAUGGCCUCAUUGGCUACGCCGGCAAAGGCGGCGCUGCCCUGCGCGAGAGCUCCUUCUUCUUCUCCCUCUGCGCGUCCAACGCCCUCACCGAGUGCCGAUUCGGCCUCGCCCUCCGCACCGACGGCACUGGCCAGCUGCACUACGGCACUGUCGUAAAGGAGGAGUUUGACGGCGAGCUCACCACCGUCGACCUGACCGGCUACUGGUCCAUCAACGGCGGCGUCACCGUCAACGGCAAGGUCAUUGCCGACAAUCUCAAUCUGGCCACUGAUUCGGGUACGACUGUCAUCUUUGGCCCAACGAGCGUGGUCAGAGAAGUCUACAAGUCCGCCGGCAUCACCGAGGUCUCGACAGCAAACGGCAUCGAAGGACACUACAGCUGCAGCAACUCCCCUACGAUUGGCUUCAACCUCGGCGGCAAGAACUUCAAUAUUGACCCCAAGGCGCUUGCCUUUAAGAAGGAGGGCGACAAUUGCACCGCUAGCCUCAUGGGCACCCAAGACUUUGGCAGCAUGUGGCUCGUUGGUCAGGCCUUUUUCCAAGGUCGCUACAUCGACCACAAUGGUUCUGGGAAAACCAUGGGCUUCGCUAAUCUCAAGUAA